UCAAUCAAUUUUAUUUAACAGUUACCAUGUUUUCUAAACGUUGUAAUGAACUAUUGCUCCUUUUUGGCGUUUACAUACUACAAUGUUCAGCAUUACUUAAAAAUCAAACUUUGGUGGCUGUUUUAAAAGCCAAUGGAUCAAUAAGUAUUCAACCAAAACUUUACAUUGCCAAACCAAAUGAAACAAUAGCUGGCAGGGCUAAAUACAUUCAUAGUAUCAACGAAACGGGAUGGAGCUUUUUAGAAAUUCGAACAUCGCCAAAAGCCAAAGACCCAGACCAAGCUUACGCAGCAGGAUUUUUAGAAGGUGUAUUGACUGCUGAUUUAAUAUAUUAUCAUUGGCGAAAUAAUAUGAAAGAUAAUAACUGUGUAAAGGAUCCUCAAAUGUGUCCUAAGUUGACAGAACAUAUAACUAAUAACAAAGAGUGGAUAGAGUCAAGUUUAAAUGCUUCUGAUCCUUAUUGGUACCAAGUAGGUCUAUACUUAAAACAAUUAGAUGGCUUACAUGACGGAUAUAUGCACGGAAAGUCUAAGGACACGCCGAGUUUAUCGUUGAACGACAUUUAUUUGUUAAAUGCAAUGGACGAUAUUAGUGAUUUGAUUAGUGCUUUGGAGCCAACUCAAGCAAAACUAAAAGUAUUAGGAAGUGGUUCUUGUUCAGCUUUAGUAAAACUUUUACCAGGAAAUAAAGACCUAUUGGUGUCCCACGUUACUUGGUCUGGUUAUGAAUCAAUGCUACGAAUUCAAAAACGAUACAAUCUACGGUACAGAACGAGUUCUAUAUCAAAAAAUUUGAUUCCUGGAUUUGAUAUGUCAUUCAGUUCAUUUCCAGGGGGAAUUCAGUCAGGUGACGAUUAUUACUUGAUUUCUUCGGGAUUGGUUACAAUGGAAACAACAAUAGGAAAUUAUAACAAUUCUCUGUGGUCAAAUAUCCGGCCAAUUGGGCAGGUAUUAGAAUUUGUAAGAGCUAUGGUUGCAAAUAGAUUAGCUUAUGGUCCUGCCGAUUGGGUAAAAAUAUUCAAGCGUUACAAUAGUGGUACAUAUAAUAAUCAGUGGAUGAUUAUAAACUACUUUGCUUUCAAAUCUGGUGGUCCGACACCCUCUCACGAUUUACUACACAUACUUGAGCAAUUACCUGGUUAUGUUGAAUCGGAUGACUUAACUGAGCAUUUGAUCAACCGAACAUAUUGGGCUAGCUACAAUGUACCUUCUUUUCCAUUCAUAUUUAAUGUGAGUGGAAAUUAUGACAUGCAACUACGUUAUGGUGAUUGGUUUUCGUAUAAAAAUACUCCCAGGGCUAGAAUAUUUGCCAGAGACCACGUUAAGAUUCAUUGUGACAAGUGUAUGUUACACGUGAUGCGAUCAAAUGAUUAUAAACACGAUCCAGAGUCGGCAUGUGAUUGCAAUCCUCCAUAUUCGGCAGAAAACGCUAUAUCUGCAAGAUGUGACUUAAAUCCUGCCAAUGGUACUUAUCCUUUUGCUGCUUUGGGUCACCGAUCACAUGGAUCGACUGAUGUGAAAAUUACUACAAGUCAGUUGUUCCAAAAUUUACAAUUCAAAGCUAUCGCUGGUCCUACUCAAGGUACCAAUAACACUUUAGGACCAUUUUGUUGGAGUAAAUCUGACUUUUCUCACAGUGUUCCACAUGAAGGACAUCCUGACUGUUUUGACUUCAGUCCAAUAACACAUCAGUGGUCUUUAUAAACAGUACUUACAGUAUAUGAACACUUUUACAAACAAUUUUUAUUCUUAUGUUAACGUUCUAAGACAUUUGAUCAACUUAUGUGAUUUUUUAUCUAAAAAAUUUCAGUCAAAAUAAAAAUAAUACAUAUAGUUUUUAA